AGUUCAUUUACUCUGUUGAAUUCCUAUAUACAAUAUGUGUUGUUACGUGUUUUGUAGUGAAUGUUUGAAAUGGGUGGGUCACUAACAUAGCACUUCAUGGAUGACGCCGAUGACAUAGCAUGACAACCCUGAGUCAGAGUAGAGACCCCGGUCAACCCAUCAUCUCUACAGUUGUAGGCCUCAAAGUCUACUUUCUCUUUUCGAGAUACACCACUGCGCUCCUGUGGCAGUUACCAAAUAUUACAACCGGCAGAGGACACACGUCUCUCGGUAAGGCUGGAGGACACAGCAGGUAUCCUACAAUAGUGCAGCAACCGGCAGCAGGAAAUUGGACGCUGACAUGAGAACAUAAUCGGUUUUUUCUUCAAUUAUGAACUAUAUCUUUUUAACAACGCAUGAGUUGUGGAAUGCAGCCAGCGCGGAAACAGGAUGACAUCUAGUUGUGGCUCGGACUCAGUCACAUGGUGUUUGGAUGGUCAGUCGUGAAAGCCACAUCAGUAGUGAUUAGUCAACACACAGACGCUUUAACAGGGCAUCUGCUGCUGUCUGUCAGUGUGUGUGACCACUGUUUCACCGCGACCUGCUGACACCGGGGAUUCCCAUCUCAGCAUGCCUCACAAGAGCAAAAAAGAAAAGGAAACUAAAUCUGGAAGAUCUAAAAAAUCGGAAAGUAAAAAUGGGCCUGCAGACGAACAAGAUGGUUCCAAUAAGAAAGUGCCUCCUGCAACUCAGGUGAUGAGGGUGAAGCAGCCGGGGUCACACUCUGCCGCUAAGAGGGAGAAGAGGUUCAGCACUUCCUUUUUCCCUCUCAGUGUUAACAGAGAGCUACAGAAACUACUUACACUGGCAGCUAAGCAGACUGCCCAUCAGCUUCAUCUGGAAUGCAAAUGAUGUGCAAUCAGCUGCAUCUCCAGGCGUACCUGGAGGAAACAGAUAUUACCCCUGGAGGGCUCGCUUAUGUAAGAUAACUCUGACUCAGACUGAAUUGACAGUUGUGGAAUCUGGGCCAUCCAAUAAUAACUCUAAAUGUAAGCCCAAAUCAAACAUGAACACUCUGUGUUAUGAUGAAUCGCACACGUUGAAGGAGCUGAUGGGAUAACAUUUCACUGGAAUUGUAGCUUGUACGAUUUAAUGUGACAAAUAAAAGUAAUUGAUUGAUUGAACUGUAAACUCUGACAUGUCGUGGAGCAUCAGGAGUCCUGCGUAUGCUUCAAUGCUGCACUUUAGCACAAGCUUAUUUUGUAAUACAGCCUGAUAAAACAGCAGUAAGAAUAACUGUGAUGGGUCAGUUUAGUUCGCCAAACUAACCAUAGUAACUCUAACAAGCCAGCUGGUCCCACUGUCAGUGUUUACUGUACAUUUACUGUGUUGAUUGACUUUAUUAGUAAUCGCCACUGAUGCCAAUUCUGAGAUGAGACAGUGAGGUUGAGGUUUGAACAUUUACAUCAAUCUUUCAUUGCUUCUUUGUUCACACACAGCACUACAGGCAGGAUCUGGCCUAAGUGGUUUCCUGUAAACUAUACCCAGCUAUUCUUUGUUCUCAAACCUGAAUGAGCUGGGUGACACUUUGGAUAAACAAUAGAGAUGGACAGGCCACAGGAUUUGCAAGUCGAGGGAUUUAUGGCCACCGUUGACAGUGUGGGAAAAUGAUAAAAAAUACAAAAUUAGCUUGGUGUUUUAGUUAAAGAAACACUAUUACUGUGAGUUUUGAGAAGAAGUUGAGGGGGAAAGAGUAAAAAUAAGAGAAUAAGAAAAUAACCUGCCUGACCCUUCAGUCGACCGUAGUGACCUGAAGAAACAUGCAUGAACAGGCAGGGCUGUAUAGUAGAGGUCAGAUGCAAUUAGAGCUGUAA